GUAUGGAAGGUUUAAUUAAAAUACUUUGGUGUUUAUAUUGGUAGUUAAAAUAAUAAAGUUAAUUAAAUAUACUCAAAACAAGAAUCUAAAAUAGUUUAGAAGGCAACUUUGUCGACUAUUUAAUAUUAUAUCCCAAAACCAAAAAAGAUAUUACAGGAAAAAUGAAGAAAAAUUCAAAUGAGCAUCAUAAUUUGAUAGCCCAAACUGCCACCAAUAGAAUUAAACAUGGACCUGAAAACAUCUAUUAAUACUCACAGCUGAGUAUAAAUCCUAAGUUUUUUGAAAUAAAAUAUAUAGACUAUUAAAUUAACAUUUAUAAAAACAUAGGUGAUAAAAUUAACACAUUUAAAAUUUUUAUUUUUCUCUACUAAAUCUAAGGAGUUUUCCUCAUUUUAUUUGACUUAAGAAUCCGAAGACCAGUUAAAAAUAAAGUGCUGUAGCUAUCAAAAUGUAAUCAAAUAAUGAUAAUAGAGUAAGACACCUGUCAAACUUCAUUUUUGAUAAUUUACUAAAUGAAAUAAUAUUGAAAUCAUUUUACAUCUAGAUUGCUUUUCUCCUUAACGAAAGCUAUCUUUAAAUAAAAUGCAUAUAGUUAUAUCAUACUAUUCAAAGGAAGAUAGCCAAAAAAUUGCACAUUUCACAAUUAGAUAUAGAAGAAAAAUUAAUGGUAUACCAAUUAAAUUAUAUGCAAUUAAUUGCUAUGGCACUUAGGAUCAAAAAGAAUUAUUAAGCAUUUAUAAAUGACCUGAGACUACAUCUUACCUCAUUACCAUCAUAAUACCGAACAAAAAGGACUGUAUGAUU